CCCGGCGGCGGUCCGUCGGCUGGCGCGUCCCCGGCGCUCCGCGCGCGCGCAUCCCUCGCUACCGCCCUCGCCCUCGCCGGCGCCUCACACUCGCGCGCACUCCCGCCUGAACCCGCCGCAGCCGCCGCCGCCUCAGCCCCGCGGAAACCCACUCGCACCAUGUCUUCGCCUCUCGAGGGGAAGCUAGAGACUAAAGCUGGACACCCGCCCGCCGUGAAAGCUGGUGGCAUGCGAAUUGUGCAGAAACACCCACAUGCGGGAGACACCAGAGAAGAGAAAGACAAGGAUGACCAAGAAUGGGAAAGCCCCAGUCCACCCAAACCGACCGUGUUCAUCUCUGGUGUUGUCGCCCGGGGUGACAAAGACUUCCCCCCUGCAGCCGCGCAGGUGGCUCACCAGAAGCCCCAUGCCUCCAUGGACAAGCACCCUGCCCCGAGAACGCAGCACAUCCAGCAGCCCCGCAAGUGAACCAGCACCCGGACCCCGCACCCUCCCCAGCAGUGCCAUUCUCCUGCAUGUGAUAUUCCGAGCAGAGAGAACUGGCACGCUGCAAAGUAUUGCUCGGUUGGGAAAUCUAAGACAAAGCAAAGCAAACCUUCCUUUGCCUUAAAUUUCCAUAUUUAAAACUAGAAAUGGCCCAAACCCCAAACCUUGUUUACAGGGCAGGGAGUCCUGGCUAGAUGCCAUUCGAGAGCCGUUGUGCCCCAGAAGUGCCAUUAGCAGAGUUGACAAGACCCUAGUAAAAUGAAGUCAUUCAAACUUUAGCUUUAGUUCUGUUUUAGUGAUUUCCUAGGGUCCUUAUCUGUGAUCUUAAAAACAAGAAGGCACAAAUUGGGGAGCGUUAGAUUAAGGUUAGGGGAAAAUCUCAAUCAUUUCAGGCUUUUUAGUAAUAGGACAAUAAAAUCUUCACACCCACAGGAGAGUCAGCAAUAAGGAAGUUAAUUAAGGUGGCAAGUUUUGGAAAGGCAGUGUAGGAAAGACCUUUGCCACAGGCGACAGCGACACCAAGUGUUCCUCCCUUGUGGGGUGAGGGGUUGCUGUACAGGUGAUCAGGCUCUCACAGGGGAAGCCAAAGAAAAACACGCAGCUUUGAAAUGGCUCUCUUAUUCCAGGAGGCAUCGUGCUGAGAAAUGAAGAUGUAGGCAGGGGAGCAUUUCUGAAAUGAGAUCUCAACAUGGGUCCCAAGUCCAGCAUUGCCUCAAUCCAGAUAGGCUCCAUGAGGAAAAUCAAGGCAAACCUGAAUGUUUCAGUAACCACACAGGUGGUUUUGAGUUCUGGAAGUGACCACUGACCAGGGCGGAGGAGGAGACAUUGCUAAUUCUGUGACACGUGAACAAGAGUCAAAAGCGUGAAAAGACCAGGUGAAAAACCUGCUCUUGUCUCCCUAGGGAGGUGUAACACCACAUUCCCUUUGAGCUAGAAAACCUGUUUGCCAGUCAGUCUCACUGUCCAGAAUCCCUCCUGCCCCACACAUGUACCUGCCUGGGCCAGUCUUCACGGGCACGUCAGAUUGUCCCCUGACCUAUAUAUGUGUUUCCUGCUCAGAGCCACCCUGCCCUGCUCCCUGGAUCUGGCCAUAACAUGCCGCGCCUUUCUGAAAAAACAAAGGGCUCAUCUAGUUAGACAUUAAAAUCUUCUGGAUCGAAGCUUAUGGACAGGGUGCAGCCCCGACUGUCCUCUCCCCAACAAUUGAAUUUGCUGCAGGUCAGCAGUGUUACUGGAAGCAGGGUCCAUACCACCAGCCUUCCUGAUACCAUUCUCCAGUCCACACCUCCAGCUGGUGUCAGUAGAAGCAGAGCUGUCAGGCCCAGCUCUCUCUCUUUCCUGAGGGACAAGCAUAGCACUGCCUCACAUUUUAAAGGCAGUGUUUGGCUUCCCAGCUAACUGACUUAGGGGAAGCCCGAGUGUCACCCUCAAGGCACUGUGUCAUUUCCCCUCACAGAACACACGAAACUAGCAGCCUCCUCCUGGCUUGUCUUGGGAAGCCAGCAUCUAGGAAGGGCCACCUGGAGCGGCAGCACCAAUCAGGCCUGUACAGACCAUCGUACCCUCGGCUACAAAAAUUGAGAAGCAUCUUGAAUAUUUUUUAGUUCUGCAGCUAGAGGGAGUGCCAUUCUUUCCAAAGGUGUGUUUUUCCUGUACUUUUAACUAGAUCUGGCAUGCAUCUCUAGGCUCUAGAACAUUGAAUGCAAAAUGUUUUCCUAAAUGAAUUUAUCCAUGGUUAACACUGAGAAUAAUUAUGAUUAUAAAUAAAGUUCCUGCACUUCU